AUGAAGAUCCUAGUAUGGAACUGGAGAGGAGCUGACAAUGCAAACUUCUACAAAAAUUUCUCCGACAUUAUUCGUAACCAUAGGCCCUCUAUAGCGGUGAUUCUUGAAACAUGCAUCUCAGGUGACCGAGCAGAUGCUGCCAGCUUAAACCUUGGUUUUGAUAAUGUCUGCUACUCAAAUGCAAAUGGCUUUAGUGGAGGUAUUUGGGAACUCUGGAACUCUUGGGACAUAAGCUUGGACAUUCUCUUUGUGACUGAUCAAACUAUCCAUGCCUUUGUUCAGGUGAGUGACUCAAUCCCUUCAUCAAAUUGGAUAUUCAUUGCUAUAUAUGCUAGCCCUGUUUUAAAUACUCGCCUUCAUUUAUGGGAAAACCUGUCUUUUUUUGCUUCUUCUGACGCCAUGCCUUGGUUUCUUGCUCGUAAUUUCAAUGAUGUUCUAGGUAACUAUGAAAACCUCAGCUACUCUCCUCCCAAUCAAAAUGGUAUGUCUAUGUUCAAUAAUCUGCUUAAUAAUUGCAAUCUCUUGGACCUAAGUAUUAAUGGUCCCCGUUUCACUUAG